CCCGCACCACCCCAGCCCGCCAGGGCCGCGCGCCCUCCCCGCGGGGAGAGGGCAGGCCCGGGCCGCGUUCCCCGCCUCCGCCCGCGUCCACGCCCCGCCACGUCCCCCGCCUCCCCCGGCCGCGGCCCCGCCGGCCCCCGAGGCCGCCCCCUGGCGGGCAGAACUGGCGCUGGUCCGCGCGGCGGCGGCGGGCCCGGGGUUGCCAUGGUAACCGGCAGCAGCCGCCGCCACAGCAGGGCCGGCCCCAGCGCCAGCGCCGGCCGCGGCUCGGGCCCGGGCUCAGUGUGUGGGUGAGCAGCGGCGGCGCGGCCGGGCCGGGGGAGCGGGCGCUGCCGGCGGCCUCAGCAUGGAGGACGGCUUCUCGAGCUACAGCAGCCUCUAUGACACGUCCUCGCUGCUCCAGUUCUGCAACGAUGACAGCGCUUCUGCUGCAAGUAGUAUGGAGGUGACGGACCGCAUUGCUUCACUGGAGCAGCGAGUCCAGAUGCAAGAAGACGACAUCCAGCUGCUGAAGUCGGCUCUGGCCGACGUGGUUCGGCGGCUGAACAUCACCGAGGAGCAGCAGGCCGUGCUGAGCAGGAAAGGACCUACCAAAGCAAGACCACUGGUGCAGACCCUGCCUUUAAGAACCACCGUCAACAACGGCACCGUGUUACCAAAGAAACCAAGCGGCUCUCUCCCGUCCCCCUCCGGGGCCAGGAAAGAAACUGCUGCGCCUGCAACCAAAAGUACCAUCAAAAGGACCAGCUCCUCUGAACGCGUCUCUCCUGGUGGGCGAAGGGAAAGCUAUGGGGAUUCCAAAGGAAACCGGAAUCGAACCGGGUCCACCAGCAGUUCUUCUAGUGGCAAGAAGAACAGUGAAAGCAAACCCAAGGAACCCGUGUUCAGUGCAGAAGAAGGAUAUGUAAAAAUGUUUCUUCGUGGACGUCCCGUUACCAUGUACAUGCCCAAAGAUCAAGUGGAUUCUUACAAUUUGGAAGCAAAAGUAGAACUGCCAGCCAAGAGACUUAAACUGGAAUGGGUCUACGGGUACAGAGGCCGAGACUGUCGGAAUAACCUGUACUUGCUUCCCACGGGGGAGACGGUGUACUUCAUCGCGUCGGUGGUGGUGCUGUACAACGUGGAGGAGCAGCUGCAGAGGCACUACGCGGGCCACAACGACGACGUCAAGUGCCUAGCUGUUCAUCCUGAUAGGAUCACCAUAGCAACAGGGCAAGUGGCAGGUACAUCUAAGGAUGGAAAACAAUUGCCCCCACAUGUACGCAUCUGGGAUUCUGUGACAUUGAACACGCUGCAUGUCAUUGGAAUCGGGUUUUUUGACAGAGCCGUCACCUGCAUUGCGUUCUCAAAAUCCAACGGAGGCAGCAGCCUGUGUGCCGUGGAUGACUCCAACGACCACGUGCUCUCGGUGUGGGACUGGCAGAAGGAGGAGAAGCUGGCUGACGUGAAGUGUUCUAACGAAGCUGUAUUUGCUGCGGAUUUCCACCCCACGGACACCAAUAUCAUUGUUACAUGUGGAAAGUCACAUCUCUACUUUUGGACGCUAGAAGGAAACUCCCUUAUUAAGAAGCAAGGAUUGUUUGAGAAACAAGAAAAGCCAAAGUUUGUCUUGUGUGUGACUUUUUCUGAAAACGGUGACACCAUUACUGGAGAUUCAAGUGGCAACAUCUUAGUAUGGGGAAAAGGUACAAAUCGAAUAAGCUGUGCAGUUCAGGGGGCCCACGAGGGUGGUAUUUUUGCACUUUGUAUGUUGAGGGACGGCACCCUGGUGUCGGGCGGAGGGAAAGACCGAAAACUCAUUUCUUGGAAUGGAAACUAUCAAAAACUUCACAAAACUGAGAUCCCAGAACAGUUUGGUCCAAUACGGACCGUGGCCGAGGGGAAAGGUGACAUGCUCUUGAUAGGAACAACUAGAAAUUUCGUCCUACAGGGUACUCUGUCAGGGGACUUUGCACCCAUAACUCAGGGUCACACUGAUGAACUCUGGGGCCUGGCCACCCACGCCUCAAGGCCUCAGUUCUUGACCUGUGGACACGACAGGCACGCCACCCUCUGGGACGCAGUUGGCCACCGGCCCGUCUGGGACAAAAUAAUAGAGGACCCAGCUCAGUCUUCUGGUUUUCAUCCUUCAGGGUCUGUGGUUGCAGUUGGAACACUGACUGGGAGGUGGUUUGUGUUUGACACAGAAACAAAAGACUUAGUCACCGUUCACACGGAUGGAAAUGAACAGCUCUCCGUAAUGCGGUACUCACCAGAUGGAAACUUCUUGGCAAUUGGCUCUCAUGACAACUGCAUCUAUAUAUACGGAGUUAGCGACAACGGGAGAAAAUACACUCGAGUCGGCAGAUGCUCAGGUCAUUCCAGCUUCAUCACUCACCUGGACUGGUCUAUGAACUCACAGUUCCUCGUGUCAAACUCAGGAGACUAUGAAAUCCUUUACUGGGUUCCCUCUGCUUGUAAACAAGUUGUGAGUGUGGAAACGACGAGAGACAUAGAAUGGGCGACGUACACCUGCACUUUGGGGUUCCAUGUCUUUGGGGUGUGGCCGGAAGGCUCGGACGGAACCGACAUCAACGCAGUCUGUCGGGCCCAUGAGAAAAGACUCCUGUCGACCGGGGACGACUUCGGCAAAGUGCACCUCUUCUCCUACCCCUGCUCACAGUUUAGGGCACCAAGCCACGUGUACGGUGGGCACAGCAGCCACGUCACUAACGUAGAUUUUCUGUAUGAAGACAGUCACCUCAUCUCCACUGGUGGGAAAGAUACGAGCAUCAUGCAGUGGCGGGUCAUUUAGUCCCCAGCGAGGACCGUGGGGAGCGGAAUGUGCCCGGGGGUGCCGGGGCACCCCCAGGAAGACACGGACUUGCAUUGAGCUUGGUCACUGUGAUUUCUGUUUUGUUUGAAAUAUUCUUACAAACCUCAGGAAAAAUAUGCCCUCUACCAGUUACCUUAGCUUAGGGUAUCAGUGGGUGUCGCAUCAGAUAAACAGUUCAGUUUUCUCUUUUGUUGUACAAUAUAUAAAACAAUGCACAUUUAAUAUAAAAAAAGAUUCUAAGGUUUACAUUAUGUGACAACAGAAGUAUCUGGUAUAUACUUAGUAAAUUUUCUAUGAACUCUGCAAAAAUGGUCACAGAAUGCCUUUAAAAUAUUGUAUAUAGUCUUUACUAUUUCACCACUAGCUUGCUAAGUCACAUAUUUAUGAUAAUAAUGAGGUACUGAAUCAUGAUCACUGGUGAUUAAAUGAUCCCAAAAGGAGCAAUUAAUUGAGGAGAGAGUGAAUUACGGAUUUGCACAGCUGAACCAGGAAAUGCAACUAUGAGACUUUAUUUGGUUCCAUUUUCUAAGGUAUCAUUCAAUUCCCCUCUGGGAGGCUGAUCAGAAUGGGGUUUUAUUCUUCUUGUGUUAAGCAGAUUCUACUCCAAAUUAACAUACAUAUUUCAGCAGGGUCUCCAGGCAUUUCGGAGCGUGACUUAGCCUGUCCUGCCCAGCCAGAUGCGGUCAGCCUCUUGGCACGUGCGUGAACUGCGUCCUCUUCUGUACCCUUUUCCCAUGCCCUGAUUCAUGGUUGAGACAUUUAACCACCUUCCUCUGUAUAUUAAUUGGCAUGAUACGGUAUUGUACUUGUAUAGGAUUUUAGCAAUUCAUAAUAAAUAUGUAAGGCUAGGCUUUACUAUCUUACGCUUAUGGACAUUGUAUAUUUGUAUUUUAAGACCAAGUAGACCAAGUCAAAAAGAUAUCUUCUACAUGUACCAUAAACCUGCAGAGGGGAGAGAGAAGUCUCGAAAGGCUCCGUGAAGUGCUAAGGGCGGCUUCUUUUCCUGUCUGUUGUGCAUGGACAGCUCUUUACGGUAUGAAAUAAGAUUGCGUUCUGAUGAGUAAAAUGUAGAUGACAUAAAUUUGUCAAGAAGGCCUUAUCCAUUUCGAUUGUGUGACAGAUUGAAAUUUAUUGUUUCCAUUGGGGAAUGUAUCUCAGAGUUUAAAAUAGAAGAGUAAUAAACAGUCUUAAAGCAAACAUUAAGAUUUUUACUUGUUAUAGACAAGUAAAUGAAUUGAAUUUUCUGAACUCUAGGGCACUGGUUGUUUAGAGUGGUUAAGUGCAACAUUUGGAAACUUUUUUAAAUUACAUCUCCAGCCUGCUGCUAAAGGGUAGGUCACCAGUAAACAACAUGUAUUAAAGAUGAAUUUGUUUGUAUGUAUCCUUAUCAAAUAUAUUCUAUAAUGAAAUAAAAUCUGAGAAGUGAA